GAGAGAGAAUGCACACAUCUACUUCAUGGGAGGAGGAGGAGCCUGGUUGGGGGUGGAGCUGAGAUGGAUUGACGGACAUCGGCACAAGAGGAGGAGGAGCGUGAGGGCAAGUUAAUGAAUUUGAUUUGGAGAGAAGUAUUUUUAGAAAAGGAAGAAAACAAGAGGAGCGUUACGAUUGGAAAUGCCACAGUUCUGAGGGAGAGAAACAGAGAGUGAAAGAAAACUGGAGCGAGAGAAUGAGGGAAAGAGAGAUCUGGAUCUGACCAGGAUCUGAGCGUGACUGAACAGAUUUUCCAUCAACUCUGGUCAGGUUUCCCACAGGAAACGCAGUGUGUGUGCAUGUGCUCCUCUCUCAGUGUGAAUGAGUGUUUGCGUGCGUCUGGGACUAAGAAGCGUCUGCUCCUCGCACAAGACGGGCUGGCCGUACAUUAUCACCCGCAGGACACACACCCGCUCCUCCAGUCAAGAGAGGAGGAGAAGAGAAAGGAGAACGGAGGGGGGAAUAGGGAGAGAGUGACAGAUGGGAAGAGGGGAAGGCUGUAAAUCAAGAAGAUAAAAGUGAGCUCACAAAAAAAGCCGGAGAAUAAAUUAGCGAGGUAGACUCACAAAGGCAAUUAGUGAUGUACGGCUGCUCGUUUUAGCGGUGUCAUGUAAACAAGUCCAGCCUCUGGCCGUGGUGGUGUUGGAGGGUUAGCAGGUUGAACGAGGCUGAGCAUCACUGAUCGAAGUGGAGCGACGGCAAAGUCCCAAAAGACAGCAGCCUCGGUCGGCAGAGAGAGGAGCGCCGACAGAGCAGAGGGAACCGGCAGGACGAGCCGUUCUUUGACAGACGGCACCAGAACCACAACAGACUCACUGCUCUCUUCUUUAACCUUCCGUUCUUUCAUUUUGUCUGUGCUUCUCAGCCCAUCUUGCCUCUCUCUCUCUCUCUCUCUCUCUCUCUCUCUCUCUCUCUCUCUCUCUCUCUCUCUCUCUCUCUCUGUGUCUCUUCCUCUCUCGCUCUGUGCUACACUAACUGGUGCGGAUGCUGGAGUCGCUCAUGUAGAAGCUGCACCGCUUGGUGCAUAUUUGCAUGGCUGAAUGUAUUUUUUACUGCUGAGUUGGGUGAGUGGAGUACUUUCAGGUCAAGGGAACCAGAUGGACUGAGUGGGAGAAGCCCAACAAGUAGCUAAAGAGUAAAACAGGAAACCAACAACAACAAACAGAAGACACUGUGACAGAGAGAGAGAGUUAGUAUGUGUGUGUGUGAGUGAGUGAGGUUGUGUGUGAGGAGCUUGUACGGAUUGUGUGUAACAGCAGAGUCAGAUAAGCACAAAUCCAGGUGUGGAUUACAUCAGUGGGGAUAUCGGUGCCCUGGAGCUCCAUGUGGGGCCCAGCCCCUGAGGCCUGGCUGGGAGAUGAAGCCUUUCUCUCUGUACUAGGAGCGGUUUGGGCAGCCAUGGCUCUGGAGGGGCGAUGUCUCCAGCGGGGAUCCCCAGCCGUGGUGAGGAGAGGCCGCCGGCGCCUCCCUGCAAGGCCAGGCCUGUCCUCAAUCACCUCCACCCUGCUGGCUGGGACAAGUCUGCAUGGCCUCAGGCAUGUUUGUGUGUCCGGUGGCUCCAUAGGCCGUCGGGCCUUCUGGCUGCUGGCCCUGUGCACCUCAUUGGGCCUGCUCCUGUCCUGGUCCUCCAACCGCCUGCUCCACUGGCUCUCCUUCCCCACCUACACACGGAUCCACACAGAGUGGGCCAAGGAGAUGGCCUUCCCCACAGUCACUAUCUGCAACAACAACCCAAUCCGCCUCUACAAGCUCACCAAAAGUGACCUGUACUUUGCUGGUCACUGGCUGGGCCUACUGCUGGCCAACCGGACAGUGAGACCCAUGGUGCUGGAUUUGCUGCAGGAGGACAGCCAGGCCUGGUUCAGCAAACUGUCUGACUUCAGGCUGUUCCUGCCUCCCAGAAACUUUGAGGGCAGCAACCUGGAGUUUAUGGACCGGCUGAGCCACCAGCUAGAGGAAAUGCUUCUCUCCUGCAAGUACCGAGGAGAAGCGUGCGGUCCCCAGAACUUCACCUCUCCCCCCAGCAGUCUCCCAGCCCUCCCCCAGCAGUCCCCCAGCCCCUACCAGUCCCCAGCAGUCCCCCAGCCCCCCCCAGCAGUCCCCCAGCCCCUACCAGUCCCCAGCAGUCCCCCAGCCCCCAACAGUCCCCAAGCCCCCAACAGUCUCCGAGCCCCCUACCAGUCCCCAGUAGUCCCCAGCCCCUACCAGUCCCCAGCAGUCCCCCAGCCCCCCUACCAGUCCCCCAGCCCCCCAACAGUCCCCCAGCCCCCAACAGUCCCCAAGCCCCCUACCAGUCCCCAGCAGUCCCCCAGCCCCCAGCAGUCCCCCAGCCCCCACCAGUCCCCAAGCCCCCUACCAGUCCCCAGCAGUCCCCCAGCCCCCCAGCAGUCCCCCAGCCCCCCAGCAGUCCCCAGCCCCCAACAGUCCCCCAGCCCCCAACAGUCCCCAAGCCCCCUACCAGUCCCCAGCAGUCCCCCAGCCCCCAGCAGUCCCCCAGCUCCCCAGCAGUCCCCCAGCCCCCUAGCAGUCCCCCAGCCCCUACCAGCCCCCCACCAGUCCCCAAGCCCCUAUCAGUCACCAGCAGCCCCCAGAAGUCCCUUAGCCCCUCAGCAGUCCCCCAGCCCCUACCAGCCCCCCAGCAGUCCCCCAGCCCCCAACAGUCCCCCUGUGUGA